AAUUUCUUACGCUACUAUGACAUAAACUCGUCCAGGCAAUUGCAUUUGAUCACAUACAGUGUUCCCAUGGAGAAACACUUGCUACCCUUUAUCUUUUUGCUCAUCUCUUCCAGAUUUCUUCAUGAAUGCCUUGCGUUAGCUGCAGGAACCGAUGACGGGUCUGAACAAUGGGGAUACGUUGAAGUUCGACCAAAGGUUCACCUCUUUUGGUGGCUUUAUAAGAGUCCAUACAGAGUCGAAGAUCCAUCCAAGCCAUGGCCAACAUUGCUGUGGCUACAAGGAGGUCCUGGAGCCUCUGGUGUUGGGCUUGGAAAUUUCAUAGAGAUGGGACCAUUAGAUGGCAAUUUGCAACCCCGGAAUUCUACCUGGCUUAAGAAAGCAGAUCUUUUAUUUGUGGAUAGUCCAGUGGGAACAGGAUUUAGUUAUGUCGAUGGCGAUGACAGGAACUUGUUCGUUAGAACUGAUGAGGAGGCUGCCGCAGAUUUAAUUACCUUGUUGAAGGUGCUGUUCAAUGGAAAUGAAACCCUUCAGAAAAGUCCAUUUUACAUUUUUGCAGAGUCAUAUGGGGGAAAAUUUGCAGCCACUCUAGGGGUAUCAACUCUAGGAGCCAUUGAAGCUGGAGAAUUAAAGCUUCAUCUAGAGGGAGUUGCUUUGGGCAAUUCCUGGAUUUCUCCUGAAGAUUUUGUGUUUUCAUGGGCACCGCUUCUCAAAGACCUGUCGCGAAUGGACGACAAAGGCUUGAAUGAAUCGAACAGCUUAGCUCUACAGAUCAGGCAGCAACUAGCAGCAGGUAAAUACGAAAAUGCAACAACAACAUGGGGUGAACUCGAGUAUGUUAUUGUGUAUCACAGUAACGUGGACUUCUACAACUUCUUGUUUGAUGAUGGAAAUGACCCCAUUUUCAGUACAGCAGCAGAGAAAUCGAAAGGACUUGGAAUGGAUAAGUAUGCUAAGCAUCUCAUCACAAAAAAAUUUUCAGCUCAGCCUGUUGACCUUGAUAAAUUGAUGAAUGGGCCUAUCAGAAAGAAGUUAAAGAUUAUUCCUGAAAACGUAACAUGGGCGGAGCUACAUUAUUCAGUUUCUUCAGCCAUGUCUGGAGAUAUUAUGAAACCAAGAAUCAGUGAGGUGGAUGAGCUCCUGGCCAAGGGAAUUAAUGUAACAAUAUACAACGGACAACUUGAUGUGAUAUGCUCAACAAAAGGAGUAGAAGCCUGGAUUAAGAAGCUCAAGUGGGAUGGGUUGAAAGAUUUCUUAAGCAUUGAGCAUUCUCCUUUAUACUGUGGAAGUGAUGAUUCCAUUACCAAAGGAUUUGUCUCUUCAUACAAGAAUUUCUUUUUCUAUAAGAUUCUUGGAUCUGGCCACUUUGUUCCAGCCGAGCAGCCUUGUGUUUCUCUUCAGAUGGUGGGCAACAUCACUCGCUCGCCUAAUUAGAAUUUUGCUCAUAAAAGGAAGAAACAGCAUUCACAAGAGACUUCGAUAUGCAGAAUGGAAAGAAAUAAAAUAGACAUGUGAAAUCAAAUAAAAAAGAUUGAGUAGAGUAGCCAUUGCGACUUAUCGUUCUACUAUUUGACGUGGUUUUAAGACAAUAAAAUGAGAAAGAAUGCUAGUUGUGACGGUUUCUUCUG